AUGUCUGAUAAUAAAAAAGUGCAAAAUACCGAAAAUACGAAUGAAUGGAAUAAUUGGAUUGAAGAAGCUAUUGAUAAAGAACAUUUAAAUUACUACGAAUAUAACCAAUUUACUAACAUUCAAGAAAUUGGUGCCGGAGGUUUCGGAAAAGUAUACCGUGCAAAUUGGAAAAAUUCAAAAAAACAGUUAGCGUUAAAAUCUUUUUUUAAUCUUAAUCAUGUCACCAUGAAAGAAAUUGUUUGUGAGUUAAAAAUUCAACGUAAAGUUGAUUUUCAUGAUAAUAUUAUUCGUUGCUAUGGAAUAACAAAAUUUGAAUCAGAAAAUCAAAUUGGUAAUAAUUAUAUGAUGGUAAUGGAAUACGCUGACGGUGGUAGUCUUCGAAACUAUUUGGAAAAAAACUUUAGUAAACUCACUUGGGACGACAAAUUCAAUAUGGCGUACCAAUUAGCUUACGCUGUAUCAUGCUUGCAUAAUGAAGGGAUCAUCCAUCGUGAUUUGCAUUCUGGCAAUAUAUUAGUUUGUCAAAAUACGAUCAAACUGGCAGAUUUUGGGUUAUCAAAAAGAAUUGGAGCAUCAUCCAAUUUUCAAUCCAAAUUAUUUGGAAUGGUUCCCUAUGUUGAUCCUAAAAGCUUUAGCAGACGAAGAAAUAAUAAUAACCAAACGUAUACAUUAAAUGAAAAAAGUGAUGUUUACAGUGUUGGCAUAUUAUUAUGGGAAAUAUCUAGUGGUCAACCUCCUUUUCAUGCUGAAGGUGAACAAUAUGAUGUUAGCUUAAUUUUAGAGAUUUCACAAGGUCUUAGAGAAACUAUUGUUCCUGACACGCCCAAAGAUUAUAUAGAAAUUUAUACUAAAUGUUGGGACGGUGAGCCAGACAAUCGUCCUACUAUAUAUCAAGUAGUUGAAGCAAUAAUUACAAAAACAAAUAUAAUAACGGAAAAUCCUCGCUUAUCAAAUGAGCAAGAACUUAAUGAGGUCCCUUUAAGUACCAAUAAUUCAGAAUCACGAGGAGAAUUAUCCCAACUUAUUCAAAAUUUUUAUAAAAUGAAUACAAAGGAAAUUGAUAAUAUAGCAGUAUCAAAUGAACAGGAGAAACUUUUAACUGAAAAGGAUUUUAACAGAAUAGUUGAUGAAAUAAAUUAUUUAAUUUUUAAAUUAUUAAAUAAAGGAACUAGUAAAGGAGAAUUAGUCAAAGAGCAAGUUAUUGAAUAUUUGAAAAACUAUGAUACAAAUUUACAAGAAAUUUAUAAUUGGUUAUUAAUAAAUAAUCAAAACAUACCAAAUUCAAUUUUUUUACUUGGAUAUUUUAAUUAUAAGGGAGUUGAGACAAGAAUUAAUUAUAAGAAAGCAUUUAAUUUAUUUAUCAAUGCAUCAGAAAACAAUCAUAUAUUAGCACAAUAUUUUGUUGGUGUUUGUUAUUUUUUUGGACAUGGAAUUAUGAAGAAUGAAAAAUUAGCUUUAAAAUAUUUUAAAACAACAGCAAAUAAAAAUUUAACAAAUGGACAAAAGGAUACAGGUUAUUGUUAUGAAAAUGGAAUAGGUAUUGAAAAGGAUUUAAGUAAGGCUUUUUAUUGGUAUGAAAAAGCUGCAAAUAAUGGAAAUAUAAUAGCUAUAAAAAAUCUUGGUAUUUGUUAUAGAGAUGAAAUUGGGGUGAAGAAAGAUCAUUACAAAGCUUUUGAAUUAUUUAAGCAAUCAGCUGAAGGAGGAUAUUCAGGUGGAAUGAUUUCAUUAGGAUAUUGUUAUGAACUUGGUAUUGGAACUAAAAUUGACAAGCAAAAAGCAUUUGAAUCAUAUCAAAAAUCAGCGAAUUUAGGAAAUAAAGUUGCACAAUAUAAUAUUGGUGUUAUGUAUGAAAAUGGAGAUGUAAUUACAAAAGAUUUAGAUAAAGCAAUUUAUUGGUAUAAAAAAUCUGCUAAACAAGGACAUCAAUUUGCAAAAAAUAAGUUAGAAAUACUUCAAAAAAAUCAAUAA